GCAACAGCAGCAGCCGCCGCCGGUCCCCGGUCUCCACACCAAACCCGUCCGUGCGGGAAACGGCGGCGCCUGGGCUGCAGUUCCGCCGCGUUGCCUGGAGACCGAGGGAGGCAGGAGGCGAUGGCGGAAUACUGAACUGGACUACUUGGAUAGUGUUUGAAGAAGCUGCACGUGUCUUGUCCCUGCAUGUGCCUUGUGUAACAGAAGGGAGCUGCAGACUUUGGCAGGAAGCAGGAUGUGCCAGACUGUGACCUGGUAAUUCUCUCAGCACAAUCCAUGGGAUGUGUGUACAAAAGGUCAGAUUUUUGCUUUGCACAACUCUAUAGAUUUGGACGAGCUGUGACAUCUGAGGCAAGGCGAAGAUGAUGCAGAGUGACAGUGUACCCAGCGAUGCUGUGGGGCGACGGAUCGCCUGUCGGGAUGAAUGUGGCACUGUGCGCUUUGUGGGAAAGGUCACAUCAGCACCAGAAAUUUGGCUGGGUGUGGAAUGGGACAAUCCCGAGCGAGGAAAGCACAACGGAACUCAUGAAGGGGUGCAUUAUUUCCAGUGCAGUCAUCCCACAGGAGGAUCGUUCAUUCGUCCCCAAAAGGCAAGCUUCGGAGUUGAUUUCCUCCUGGCAUUGAAGGACCGCUACGGGCAGGAGGGAAAUCAGGGAAUACAGGAUUGCCGAGGCAAUCCUCUCCGCUGGUGCCAGAAACCCAUCGAAUUUUUGGGAAGCCGAGAUGCAGAAGUUAAACAAAGGUGGUUUGAUGCAUUGUUGGUUGUUUCAGUCAGAGAGUGCCAUGUGAGCCAUGUCAUAGAAGAGGACCAAAUCUCCAAUGUCUGUCCCAAUAUUGUAGAGCUGGAUUUGUCCAAGAACCUGUUUGCAUCUUGGGAAAACGUAGCACAAAUUACUCGACACUUAAGGAACCUGGAACAUCUUGACCUCAGUCAAAACAAGUUGUUGCUCCUUUCUAAUCCAGUCUCACUGUCUGAUGCUUUUGCCAACCUGAAGGCCUUGGCCAUUCAAUACAACGGACUGACGUGGGCCCAGGUUCUGGAAUGUGCCCCAAUGUGGCCUGUGCUUGAAAGAGCCCACCUAGCAUCUAACGCCAUUUCGGUAUUGGAAAGGCCUGUCGGGGUUCUGCAGAACUUGAUAUUACUGGACCUCAGCUCCAAUCUGCUGGCAGGUGCAGAUCAACUGGUACACAUUGCGUAUUUGCCAAGGUUGGAACAACUCAUAUUGUCAAAUACUGGGUUAACUUCAUUGUAUUUUGAAGAUAUUCAACCAGAUGGUAAAACUGCAAUGUUUCCCAAAUUAACAUUCCUGGCUAUCGACAAGAACCGAAUAUCAGAGUUUUCAACGGUGAACGAAUUAAACAAGUUACAGAACUUGGAACAACUGAAAUUUAAUGACAAUGCAAUAGUGGAAAGUGAGAAGAAUGCAAAGACAGUGCGGCAGCUUAUCAUCGCAAAGCUAGGAGGCCUGAAAGUAUUAAACAGGACAGAAAUUUCAACUGACGAGAGAAAGGGAGCAGAACUAGACUAUCGCAAGAAGUUUGGGAAGGACUGGCUCAAGGCUGGAGGGAGUCGUGAUCCUGCAAACAACACACCUGAUAAGGAAUUCUGUGCCGAACAUCCCAGAUAUCAAGUACUCCUAGAGAUGUAUGGCGUUCCUGAAGAGGCUGAGAUGGAGCAACAGAAGUUGUUUGCCCUGAAGGAUCAGCUGUUGGUUUUAUCUAUUAAAUGUCCAGAUAAUCCAGAUCAGAAGUUAUUGGAGAAGAAACUACCAGAGUCAAUGACCAUUCAGAAAGUGAGGGGGCUGCUUCAUCGACUGCUGAGAGUUCCAGAUGCUGAACUAAAAUUAACUUACGUCAGUUCAAAGAUGGACAUGGAGAUAGACAUGGAUAAUGAUCUGAAGUCUCUUUCAUAUUACUCAGUAGAGAGUGGAGAUUGUAUAUUAGUGCGAUGGUAGAUGUGUACCUAUAUAUUAAGGAAUGGAAGAACAUUCAGCGCUUAAGGGAAGAUAUUUUGCAGCAUUGAUCCAGCACCCUAUUGCAGAUGCACGUGAUCUUGUGAUACAUACAUCUUUGGGAUCAGUUCCUGUCACGUGCUGUCAAGCAGCAGUUUCUGAGUGUGCUGAUUUUAAAGCCAUAGAAUGUGAUGCGAAUGUUACUGAGCUUUCUAUGUGAUUUGCACCUGCAACUUAACUCUGAGCUUUCCAUUGAAUUGUUUCUGGUUUUAAAAAAAGGAACACGGUGCAGAGCUGAAGGUGCGGUUCUAAAAUAACAUCAUCUGUUUUCCCAUAGUUGUAACUAUCAUCUCUAAAUGUUGCAAACAUUGAGUGGUUAUGUUUACUCUUUGCAUCCUGUGGUUCUGAACCCAGAAUAAUUUGAACUGAGCUGAAAGGUUCACUGUUAACUGUCUUUUGGUGGUUUAGGCAUUUAGGCAAUGUUACUGCAUUGGACACUUGAUUCAGUUACUGAACAAACAUUUUAACUUCUAGUAAUAAGUGAGUCUGGAUGAUUCUUGCCUGAACUUUGCGGUUGAACAUGCAAUGAUUCUAUACCUUCCUGGGGAGGGACAUUAUAAGUCCUGCAUUGAAUGAUUGAGUGGAGCAUUGUCAGAAAGUUUUAGUUAGGAAGCACUUGCUAACAUACACCAUGAGGUCAACGUUAUUUCCAUCAAGAAUUUCAAGUAGGUGUUAAUCCUUUAAGUGAGAGUGUUGUUCAAGCUUGGCCCCACAACAUCUUUAACAGUAUUGAGCAGAUCUUUGGUAUUGAGUAUCACAAAAGGCUGACAAUCUCCACAGUAUAGUGCUGUCAGAUAGGCAAGUGAAGAGUAAUAAAUAACACAAAGUUAAACCUCAAGGUUUUAUCACAGUGUAAUCCGUGCUGUAACAAUAUCCUCUUCCUAUUUAAUUUCUAUAUCUUUAUGUGAAAGGUGUUCAAUUUACUUAAGAGUGAUGGGAUCUAAAACAGAAUUGUGAUGAAGGGGUAGAUCAGAAACAUUACCUCUUCUCUUUAUAAAUUCAGUCCCUCUCUUUUAUUGUCCACUCAGGUUUAAAAAAUCUUGAACUACCUGUCUUUUUUUUCUUCUUGUAAGACUCAGCAAAAUUCCCAGAGACUCGUACAUCUUUAGGAUGUUGCAUGGCAAGUAUUGUGGGUUCUAAGAGUUCUGAUUACUUUUGACAUUGAAAAGCACUGUAGAAGAAACUAAUACAAAAUCCAUUCCUCUCGCUCUAAAUAAAAGUUUUUUGCUUCAA